CUUGUGAGCCCACACCGACUAUGCGACCCUAUAUUAAAAGGCCGUUAUGCGACCAUCCGCCUCCGAGGACCCACUUCUCUCCCAUUCUCCUUCACGACUCUCCAAGCCACCAUCAACAUAGACGGAUGCGCAACAACAUCGGGAGCAAGAUACGCCUGUAAAUCCUAGAACUAUUACACGACCGCGAUCUCGAAUUCAGCCUCGACAAUGGCUUUGCAAUAUCUCGCCGACCGCAAUGGCUGGUUGUCCUUCAAGCAUAGCACGCCUAUGCUGUACAUUACCGCCGAAGACGACGACUUCGAUGUUCAGACGAUGAAAGCCUGGCGGGAUGAAGGCUUCAUCGUUGAAUAUAUUCCGAUGGGCAAAGGUGGAAAACAGUAUGUUCAAACACUGCAUCAUCUGGGCGAUAGAAUGGGCAUUGGGGAGCGAUAUGCUGUCGUAGCAUUCGGCGACGCAGCAUCCAUAUGUCUAGACGUAUUCUCCGAGCCCAAAACCGCAACCUCGAAACUCUGUUCUCUGAUCGCAUAUUACCCAUCCUCAAUCCCCGAUACUCGCCAUCGCUUCACUGCCUCCUUCCGCGUUCUUGUUCACCUCGCGGAAGGCACAACCGGCAACGAAAGUACCGUCGGCGUAACGCGUCGCCCAGAAGUCUUAGGCAUACAAGGGAAACGACGAACCGUGCAGAAGCGCAUCACACCUGGUAUAGGCGCAGGCGGUCUGCAAGAUAAGAUUGUGUAUCCAGUUUUUACGUACGAGGGUGUAGAACCGGGAUUUGCGGAGCAUGAUCUAGAUGAAUACGAUAGUGUCGCUGAUGCGAUCGCGUGGAGUCGAAGCCUAAGCAUGGUUCGACGGGGUUUCGGCGCAGAAGUUGAUCUUGAGCGCACAUGGGAGGAGAAUGAAGAGCAGAAGUAUAGAGGCAAAAACAUCGAAAAGCUUAUGGAAACCUACGCCUCUGGCCCCGAUAGCCCAACUCCCUUCGUAAACUUCACCCCUACAAUGACAGGCGGCCACUCCCUCCCUGAGCUCCGCCGCUUCUACAAAGACUACUUCCUCCGCGCCGCACCUCCCUCGUUACACAUGCGCCUCAUUUCGCGCACCAUAGGCGUAGACCGCAUCGUCGACGAACUCUACAUACAGUUCAAGCACACGUGCCAAAUGCCGUGGAUCCUGCCUGGCAUCAGCCCUACCAACCAGAAAGUAGAGAUCGUCGUGGUGAGCAUUGUUGCGUUUAGGGCGGGCAAGGUGUGGUGUGAGAGGGUGUAUUGGGAUCAAGCGAGUGUGUUAUUUCAAGUGGGGCUGUUGGAUCCGGACGAGGUGCCGGAAGAGUUCAAGAAGCAAGGGCUGGAAAUGUUGCCCGUGAGUGGGAGUGAGGCUGCGAGGAAGGUUAUGGACGUGCAGAGCGAGGAGGGGAAUGAUAUGAUUGAUGAUUGGUGAGCGUUGGAUGAGAUAAAUUGGGAAUGGUCGGAUGAGGGUGGCGUCAUUGUAAUUUGGCUUUUUGAUACCUUGAUUGUGGCAGUCUGUUUAGUAGACAUUUUCAACGAUUUCUUUUAUUGACUCCAUACGUGCAGUGGUACAAGCUAACUGAGCUAAUUCCGCUUUCAAGCUACUUCAAACUUAAAUCAAGCAUUGU